GGGCCACGAUGCUCAUGAGGAAAGUGCCCGGCUUCGUGCCGGCCUCGCCGUGGGGGCUGCGGCUGCCGCAGAAGUUCCUCUUCCUCCUCUUCCUCUCGGGCCUCUUCACGCUGUGCUUCGGGGCGCUCUUCCUGCUGCCCAACUCCUCCCGCCUGAAGCGCUUCUUCCUGGCCCCCCGGACCCAGCGGCCGGGCCUGGAAGCGGUGCCCGAAGCCCCCGGGCAUCCCCCGGCCGGGGCGCGGGAGCCGCCCCCCAACCCGGCCCCCGCCGCGCCGGCCCCGGGGCAGGAGGAGCCCAGCAGCCUGGCCGGGCCCCGCCGGAGGAAAGGGUGGGCGCGGCGGACCCAGCCCCCCAGGCCGCGGGAGGAGGCCACGGCGGCCCGCAGCGGCGGCAGCAGCAGCAGCGGCGGCAGCGGUGGCCGCGCCGAGGCCCCCCAGGAGGGGAGCCCCCCGUUCAGCUUUGACUUCCACGCCUUCCGGAGCCGCCUCCGCCACCCGGUCCUGGGGACCAGGACCCGCGGCAGCGAGGAGCCCCAAAGCCUGGUGCAAACCCGGCGGGAAAAGAUCAAGGAGAUGAUGCAGUUCGCCUGGCAGAGCUAUAAGCGUUACGCGAUGGGGAAAAACGAGCUCCAGCCCCUCACCAAGGACGGCUACCAGGGCAACAUGUUUGGAGGCCUCGGCGGGGCGACGGUCAUUGACUCCCUUGACACCCUCUACCUCAUGGAGCUGAAGGAGGAGUUCCAGGAGGCCAAGGCCUGGGUUGAAGAGAAUUUCCACCUGAAUGUGAGCGGAGAAGCAUCUUUGUUUGAGGUGAACAUCCGGUACAUAGGAGGACUCCUCUCAGCCUUCUACUUGACGGGAGAGGAGGUGUUCCGAAUGAAGGCCAUCAAGCUCGGAGAGAAACUCCUGCCGGCCUUCAACACCCCCACGGGAAUCCCAAAAGGUGUCGUGAACUUCAAAAGUGGCUCCAACAGGAGCUGGGGCUGGACCACGACCGGGAGCACCAGCAUCUUGGCAGAGUUUGGAUCCCUGCACUUGGAGUUCUUACACCUCAGUGAGCUCUCGGGCAACCAGGUCUUCGCUGAAAAGGUCAGGCACAUCCGGAAGUUCCUCAGGAAGAUCGACAAGCCAUUCGGCCUCUACCCCAACUUCAUCAGUCCAGUGAGCGGGAACUGGAUACAACACCACGUCUCGGUUGGAGGGCUCGGGGACAGUUUUUAUGAAUAUUUGAUCAAAUCCUGGUUGAUGUCAGCCAAGACAGACACGGAGGCUAAAGACAUGUACUACGAAGCCUUGACGGCAAUAGAGACCCACUUGGUGAAUGUGUCUCCCGGGGGGCUGACCUACAUCGCCGAGUGGCGCGGGGGGAACCUGGACCACAAGAUGGGGCACCUGGCCUGUUUCUCCGGGGGCAUGAUCGCCCUGGGCGCUGAGGAUGCUGAGGAGGACAAGAGGGCCCACUACCGAGAGCUCGCAGCCCAGAUCACCAAGACGUGCCACGAGUCGUACGACCGCUCAGGCCCUGGAGAAAUACUGUCGGACAGAAGCGGGUUUCGCCGGGAUCCAGGACGUGUACAGCAGCUUCCCCAACCACGACAACAAGCAGCAGACCUUCUUUCUGGCGGAGACGCUCAAGUACCUCUAUCUUCUGUUCUCGGAAGACGACAUGCUGUCCCUGGAAGACUGGGUGUUCAACACGGAGGCCCACCCGCUGCCGGUGAACCACUCGGACAGCGCUGGCAGGGCGGGGGGGCCACUCUGACCCCGGCUCCGGCCGCCCUGAGCCGCAGGGCGCCUCGCCUUUCCAGGUCUGGGGCUGUUCUCAAAGGGAUUGGGAACGCAGGCCCCCCUCCAGACACGUGUGCUGGACACGCCUCUUCUUCUCCUCUGUGAGGAGAUGGCCCGGAGACAGCGAUGUCACACCAGGCCCACAUUCCUUUCUAUGGAGAAUUUCUAUGAAACCCACUCAGCUGCCAUUCCAGGGCCAAAGGACUGGAGGUUUGCUUAUCGACCCCGUGUAUUUGGUUCACUUCCUUUCGCAUUAGGGGUAUUUUGGGUUUUGCUUGAUUUUGCCUUUUCUCUACAGUUGUGUUUUAUCACAAAUUAUAAGUUAGUUUUCAAAAUCACAUGCUUUCAAAAACCAUCACCUUGAUCCACUAAACCUUAAAGUAUUUGUACAUGUACAAAAACCUCGACCUUAUUUCUAUAUUUUAAAUGCCUCUUGCCCAGCAUUUACUAUUUGUUCUAUUACCUGUCAUUUACCUUAUCAUUUGAGGAGGAGUUCCCCUUUGAUUUGGGUUUAAGUGUUACGAAUACUCGUGCUAUUUUCAUUAUUGUAAUGGAGAAAUCUGAAAACUUACAAUAAAAGAGUUUAUUGAAUAAGAAA